AAACUCUUAUAAAUAGUAUGCUACGGGACCCUUCUCAGAUUCCAGAUGGAGUUCUAGCAAAUCAAGUCUAUCAGUGUACUGUGAAUGACUGUUGUUAUGGACCACUGGUGGACUGCAUCAAACAUGCUAUUGGGCAUGAGCACGAAGUCUUGCUGCGAGAAAUGCUCUUGGAAAAAAAUCUCUCUUUCAUAGCUGAAGAUCAGCUUCGUGCAAAGGGUUAUGACAAAACACCAGACUUUAUUUUAGAAGUGCCAGUGGCUGUUGAAGGACACAUAAUUCACUGGAUUGAAAGCAAAGCCUCAUUUGGUGAUGAAAGUAGCCACCAAGCCUACUUGCAGGACCAGUUCUGGAGCUACUGGAACAGAUUUGGCCCUGGAUUAGUCAUCUACUGGUAUGGAUUUAUUGAAGAGCUGGACUGCCAUCGUGAACGUGGUAUCCUGCUAAAAGACUGCUUUCCUACUGACAUUGUGACUCUGCGACACAGCAUGGCUCAGCGCUGAUGUCGGGAGGAGGAGGAGGUAAAUCCGGAAGCAAUUUUACUUUCCUG